AAUAGAAUGAUUAAAAAUUAUAAAGUUUAUAUAAUUUCGUAAAUACAUUAUACAUGCAUAAGAAAACGAAAACUCCCGGCGAUCAUCUCUUCCGGCGAUCCGCUUCAGUUUCCGUACGAUCCAGCGAAAUGGUGACGUCAUCAACAACGAUUGAUGACCUCGGCAUAGACCUUGUUCAAAACAUAUUCGGUAGACUUCUGGCGGUCCAUUUUGCCUCUGCUGAUUGCGUUAGCCGCUCCUGGCACCAUGCUUGCCGUCUUAUUCUUCGCCGCCCUAAGCUCUCCUCCGCUUGCUCCUCCAAUCCUGACCUCGAAGUUGCUGUAGAAAGUGUGCUGAAUAAAGUACUAUCGGAGCCAAUUCGUCCUCAAUUUGCCAUUGCUUCUGUUUGUCGUAAGAUCGAUUUGUCAAUGGCCCACCGACUGAUUACUGAAAAACUAGGCUCCUACGUUCCUGUCAUCACUAAUUGUUCUCGUGGAGUUAUUGGAAGGGAUGCGAUUUCUGAUGAAUUCAAAGAGUGGGAAGCUACUGAAGAUUCUGGUGCCAUAAUCAUGUUAAUGGUUGGAUAUCUACCAGGGAUAAAAGUCAAAACAAUCCCACUCCUGCAACCCGCCCAAUUUGUAGGAAUGAUUAAUAAGUUCUCAAGUAAUGUUUCUGGAAGUAAAUCGCCUGCUGCAAUAAUAAUGUUCAGUGAACGUCAAGCAUUCAUAACAGCUGCUGUGGAAAAGAUGGAUCGUACCAUGUCACCAGAAACUGUCAUUGUUGGCGAUUACGAAUGCCAUGCAUACAAGGUGACAUUUUUUGGAGAAGAUCGCUUUAGGUCUUGGCUCAAUACAAAAAGAGAAGGGUCACAUGAGCUUGAUGCGGGAACAAAUUGGAAACUAGCUUUAGAAGAUUUAGGAGUCUCGGCCUCUCUCCGUGUCUUCAUUGGGCUGGAAAAAGUCGGAUGUACGACUCCUUUUGCAUUCCACGAAUAUUAUAGGGAUGAUGAGAGUCGCCUUCGUGUUGGUGGUAUAGGCAUUAAAAGAGGCGAUACUUUCCGUUUUUACCGCCCAGAUACCACCACUGCUUUAUCUUCUGUUGCCAAUGUCUCUAACCAUCUGAGAUCUUUCAAGCAAGAGAGAACCAGUGGCGAUAAUAAGCGGUGGGAGGUGUUUGGCGGUCUUAUUUUCAAUUCUUGUGAUCGGCGUCAGUUUUUCUACGACCAACCGAACACUGACAGCUCGCCGUUUUUGGACAACUUUCCUGGCGUGACACUUGGCGGGAUAUUUUGUUCUGGGGAAGUUGGGCGUGGCUAUGUUCAAGAAUCUCAAGAACAAAAGUGGGGGCGUUGUUGCCUGCAUGCAUUCUCUGCUGUCAAUUUGAUUAUGUCUUACCGUCCAUAGAAAAAGGAAGUACGCUGCUUUUGUAUGAGACUUUGGUGUGUAUUUCAAUUUCUUAAGUUUAAUAGAUUAUGUAUGUGGGAUCGAACAAAGUAUCGAACAUUAUCCAUGUUUCAUGUUUUUGGGAUCUGCAAUGGCAGCAGUAAAGCCCUUAGAAGAAGAUGAUGAAUUAAGGAGGUUGUUAGUUGUUA